UACGACACUCAAAGUUUGAAAAAAAAAACCAAAAAUGGAGAAGAGGAGCAAGAACAUACCUCCAGACGAGAGGCCUCACUUCUUCAAGAUCAUGUUUCCGGGCUUUUCCACAAUGAGAUUGCGGAUCCCACCAGACUUUGUGGAGCACAUUUCGACUGAAGCAUAUAAACUUGCCACCCUAGAGGAUUCUUGUGGUAAUCACUGGCACGUCAAAUUAAGUAAAACUACAAGUGGAACAUAUAUAGAGGAUGGUUGGCAAGAUUUUAUAAAAGAUCACUCCAUCUAUGACCAUAAUUUUCUUGUCUUUGGAUAUGAUGGAAAUAUUUGUUUUGAUGUAAAAAUUUUUGAUGGGAGUGCAUGUGAGAGAGAUUAUGUGUUUAGUACUAAACCCAAUCAAGAAUCUGCCUUCUCCGAUGGAACUAAGAAAUGUGAUAAAUCAUCAGAGACUUCCACUGAUUGUGUUCAAAAAGUCAGUAAAGAUGAUCCAGGGCAACUCCUUUCAACUUUUAAACUAAAUGGGCUUCAGAAAGCUAAAAGAGAGGAUGUUGAGCUGACCCAUGAACCACUUUCAAAAACUAUAUGCUCCUCGUCAAGAAGGCGGCCUGCAACUGAAGAAGAGAAGGCAAAAAUUUGGAAAGAAGCAGAGUCUUUUACUUCCAAGUUUCCUUGUUUCUUGAGGUGUUUAACUGAAUCAAAUGUGCACCGGGGAUUUUAUGUGCUAAUCCCAAGCGACUUUGUCAGAACACAUUUUCAUCCUCAGAAGAAAAGAAAGGUUACCCUUUGGAACAGAAAAGGCCAAGCUUGGAGAGUAAACAUAAUUUAUACCACAAGAAGGACUUCCCUAUGUGGAGGUUGGCCGGCAUUUGUACGUGCUAAUAAACUUGAAGAGGCAGAUAUCUGCGUUUUUGAGCUUGUGGGUAAGUUUGAAAUGCAGGUCCAUAUUUUCCGAGCAGUUAAGGAAGUUAAAUUUGCGAUUGAAGAACAAAUUUGAUGUCUCCUUUCAGGAUGGGGGAUUCUCCUCUUAUCUCCUAGCUCCCUAAAUGCUGCUCCAGACUUUUCAUUUUUGCAUGGAGAAAGACAGUUACUCUGGCAUGGUUUCACUAGAUAUUUCAGCUCAGAAACUCUUAAAAAAAAUUUGUAUGCACUGUGUUUUGCUUUCAGUUUAGCUAU